AUGACAGCAAAAGGGCAGCCUCCUGUGACAGGAGGCUCCAUCGUUGUCCCUUACGGACACGCGAUUGGAAACGAGAAAUGGAGAGGGUCGGAAAUAUCCCAGAGGCUACAAGGGAAAAUUAAGCUCAUUUUUGAAGACAGCUUGGGACUUGUGGAUUUCCAUCUUCCAAACAAAACCUGCAUUUUAUAUAUUUCUGAAGCAGAUUUGGUUGCAGGGGAUGAAUUCAAACGAAGAUUGGUUCGGUUUAGGAACGCAAGCAGCCUUGGUGGAAUUGUAAUUGUGGAGAGAACAUCCAUAAGCGAGCAGUACUUCUUAGCCGUGCAGAAGCUUGUGGUGCUCGAACUUGGCAUGGUGCUGCUUCCUGUGGCAAAUCAAGGAGAAGCUGCUCAGCUUAUUACUCAACUCGUCCGUGAGCAAAGUAAGGAUCGCAGUAGUAACCCCUUUCUUCGGAAGCAGUGUUCUCAGCUAGCGGAGGCUUCGGUGUUCCGGACGGUGCAGCAAAUUCCAGGAGUUGGAAAAACAAAAGCUCUGCUUCUGCUGCAGCAGUUUGGGAGCAUCCACAGACUUUGUAAUGCAUCUGUCAAAGAACUGGAGACAGUAGUUGGACAAACAGUAGCACAACAAAUUUAUACUUUCUUUACCAACAGUUCCUGACAUA